AUGAGCGACAAUGAUGUGAACAGCAAUAGUAAUAAUGACCAGACGCAUAGCACAGAUACUGCAACGGCGGAACAGUUGAAAAAAAAUCCAAUGAAUAUUCGAGAUUUGUCCAACCCACUAGACGAGUACAGAGGGCAAGUGCAGGACCACAUCGCCGUUCAAAGAUCAACAAAUCGUCUGGUGGAUGGUCUCGGUAAUGAAAACUGGGACCGUACUAAUGAUAAUAUUAAUGCCAAUUCUCCUCAUGAUACAAAUGACAAUAAUAAUAAUAGCAUCAUUUACCUCAGUCAUAAGAACGCUGUUGGUGCGUUCCCCGGUAACCAUGGCAUACAGUGUGCCCCCCCAGGGGUACAGUCGCAACCAACGUUUGCAUACCCACAACAUUUGUUACACGUCCAACCGGCGGGCAACAACCCUGGAAUAAACCAGCAGGCGCAGAUGCCGCUAUACCCUGGUCCCAUGUUCCCCGUGGUCACAAGGAUACCGACACCGCUCCGCCCUGCCGCUGCACAGACGCGUAUGGGGUUCCCAGGGACGAUGCAGCCACCAGUGACGACGACAGCAUCCCGGAUAAAUCCGGGCACAGUAACGUUGCAGAACAGCCCGACGGGGCCCUCGCACGACACAAACUUACACGAGACAACUACUACGACUACUGAACCCAACAACAGCAUAUAUUCUUCGUCACCAAUGGCGUUACCACCACCACUUGCCCCCGCUGGCACGUUCAUCCAAAGGCCCAUGGUGUGGUUACCACCUCAACAGCAACCGGUGGGUGCACCCCCACCGCCACCCCCAAACGAGGAGGACGAGAGCGACGAGGAGAGGAAAGCGCAGUACCCUCCUCUGUCGCAUCUGUACGGCAUGGCGCAAUACAAUCACAUAUCGAAGAAUCUCAAAUCGCUGAGGGACUCUAAGCGCGCAGUACAGAAUAGAAACGCGCAGAAGGCGUUCCGGUUACGGAAGGAGAAGUACAUGCGGCUACUGGAGGACAAGGCGAUGAAGUACGAACAACUCUACCGCGAGCACGAGGCUUUGCAAAGAGAGAUCCUGAACCUUAGGAACAGGAUCUACCAGUUGGAACAGCAGUUGAGAGCGGUCACUGGAAACUGCAACAACGUCGCCCCAAGCGCACCACCGUAA